AUGGCAUGCUUUGCGAAGAUCUUUGGUAGAAAGCACGGUUCGUUCAAUCUGCCCGGUGCCGGGACGGGCGAUGGUGAAGUUGUGGCUACACGUGUAACACGGCGGAUCUACGACGAGGAGCUUAAUCAAACGAUACCGCCAGUAAACCGAACCAAUGGAUACAUCGGAUUGGAAAAGGUACAGCCACCGUCACAGCCAACUCCACCACCAUCGGCAGCAGCAGCAGCAGCACUGCAAUCCACCACCGUGGUUCCGGCACAGGCGGUGGUCAAAUCAAACGAACGUGAGUCAGGGCUGGGAUCGUUGGAUGAACAAUUAAACAUAACAAGCAUCGCUACCACAAACGACACUAAUCGCGAGCCCGAUCCUUUCGGUCCACCAGAGGAACAGUGGAGCGUACAGGUGGAUGCAGACCCACGGACAGUACCCACGGUCGUUGUACCGGCGGCACCGACAGUCGAGCGACGAGCAUCGAGGCCGCGGGAUUCCGAAAAGGCCAAAAUAAGCUGCAGUUCCCGAGAGACUUCCACAAUAGAACCACCAUCCAGGCAGGGCCAGCAGCAACUGCUGAAGGAUCUGCUGCAGAACAAAAUUCUGCACAUGCUGGCACUGCAGUCGAAGGGCUACAAACAGUUGACGAAGAGUGAACGGUCAACGUUGGUCCAAUUGGAGAAGGAAAUACAAGAGCUUCAGGAGAAGAGUAAACCCUCCGAACCGACGGUACAACGCACUAGUGAACCAAAGCGGACAGAAGAACGAACGGUUGAUCAGAACCGCAACAGUGUUAGCUCGUACGAAACGAAUCUCCCACCAUCGGUGAAAGCACCGGUAAUCGAGCCACCAGUUCCGAAAAGUGACAAGCCCACGCCGGGCAAUCACACCGAGGAACAUCUGCAGGACGGAGAGAUGUCCGAUUACGAUGUGAUCCCGAUGCAGAAGUCAACCGAAGACGUCGUCCCGGAAGCACCAAGUUCGGAGGAUGACAGAUCGACAGUGGUGCCGCCCGAUUUACCACCUCGUUUGAGCAGGGUAAACCUGCUGGAGGAAGCCGACGAUACGUCGCAAGAUGAGGAACCAACACCACCGAAGCUACCACCACCCAGGAGUCAACUCGAACAGAACCUCGUCGACGAGGUGUUGACCAGAUCGUUGCAGGAAACAAUAUCUCGUCAAACUCUAAACGCACGAGAAGAAGAGAAGGAAAUUCCACUUCCAACAGUGCCGCCACCAUCGCGGGAACCUCCACCAGUUCCCACAUCGCAACAUUCCGAUCAACCGAUGGAUGAAGAUCUUCAAGCUCCCCCCAGAAAAGAGAUGCUGCUGCGCAAGGUUUCAUCUCAGCGAUCGCUGAUAGAGGAGCUGGACAAUACGACCGGUACGCUGAAGAAAACGCGCAAACAGGGCGUCGUGUCGGACAAAACUGAUCUGAAGGAAUCGAAAGAUAUCGUCAUUCCGACGCACCCGAAGAGCCCCGACACGGAGCUGCUGAUCAAGACGGCGAUCGUGGCGAACGACUUCCUGAACAACAUGAUGGACGAAGAGCGGUUACAGGCCGUUACCGCUGCCAUGAGCUCGAUGACCUUCCCGCCGAACAGCUACAUCAUCAAGGAGGGUGACAUCGGGGCACACUUCUUCGUGUCGGAGGAGGGCACCUACGAGGUGGUGGUGGACAAUAAGGUGAUUAAAUCGUUUGGCCGUGGGGUCGUGUUCGGCGAGUUGGCGAUCCUGUACAAAGCGAAACGGUUCGCUUCGAUCCGUGUAACGACGGGCGCACGCGUUUGGUUGCUGGAGCGUAAGGUGUUUCAGAAAAUCAUGAUGAAAAGUGGUCGAAAAGAGCGGGAAGAGAAUGUCCGCUUCCUGAGCACGGUGUCCGUGCUGAAGGAUCUGGAGAUAGAGAAGCUGCACAAAAUAUCCGAUCUCCUUAAACGGGAGUUCUAUGCGACUGGUUCGACCAUCAUCCAGCAGGGCGAUCCGGGCGACAAGUUCUACAUCAUACGUGGUGGCAGCGUGAACGUGAUUAAAACCGAUAAAAAAGGCAAUGACCGGCUGGUGGGAACGCUGCAACGCGGGGCAUACUUCGGGGAGCAGGCUCUCCUGCACGAGGAUCGCCGCCUCGCCAGCAUCAUUGCGAACCCACCGGGAACCGAAUGUCUAACGUUAAAUCGCAUUGCAUUCAACGAGUUCCUGGGCGGAUUGGAUAAGCUGCGUGAGGUGAAGCUCUCCGACACGAUACCACGCAGCUCGACGAUGACAAAUAUUGUCUCAGAGUACGACCACAUCCAGCUGCAUGACUUAACGUACAUCGGGACGCUCGGCAUCGGUGGUUUCGGACGGGUGGAGCUGGUACAGUACAAAACCCACCAAACGUUCGCCCUGAAGUAUCUGAAAAAGAUCGAAAUGGUACGGCAACAGCAGCAGGAGCACGCCUACAGCGAAAAGGACAUCAUGCUAAGCUGCAACAGUCCGUUCAUCGUACGCCUGUACAAAACGUACCGUGAUAAGAAGUAUCUCUACUUCCUGAUGGAGGCUUGCCUCGGCGGUGAUGUCUGGACGGUACUGCAGAAGAGCAAAUUCUUCGACGAGCGUACGGCGCGCUUCAUUACCGGCUGCGUCGUGGAAGCGUUCGAGUAUCUGCACAGCCGGAACAUGAUCUACCGUGACUUGAAGCCGGAGAACUUAAUGCUGGACGAGAAGGGUUACAUCAAGCUGGUUGAUUUCGGGUUCGCCAAGCGCAUCGGACCGAAUCAGAAGACGUGGACGUUCGCCGGUACGCCCGAGUACGUGUCGCCGGAAAUCAUCCUCAACAAGGGUCACGACCGUGCCGUCGACUAUUGGGCGCUGGGCGUGCUGAUACACGAGCUGCUGGUCGGGAAGCCACCGUUCCGUGGCAAGAAUCACAUGAAAACGUACAACGCCAUCCUGCGCGGCAUCGACAUCAUCGAGCUGCCGUCUCGUGUGCCCAAGAAGGCACAGGUCCUGAUCAAGCGUCUCUGCAGACAGACGGCCGCCGAACGGCUCGGCUACGGCAAGAACGGUAUUGCCGACAUCAAGAACCAUCCCUGGUUCGGUAGCUUCGAAUGGCAACGGUUGAAGGAGCGGACGAUGCCGGCCCCACUCAUCCGACCCAUCGUGUCCGAUCUCGAUCUGUCCAACUUUGACGAGUACCCGAAAGAUCAGGACGAACCACCGGACGAAACGUCGGGAUGGGAUAUUAAUUUUUAA